UUAGACAUUGUAGCCGGCGGGAUUAAGGAACAGUUCCACUUCCUGUGCCACCGGAAGCAAUUUUGCGAUGGCAUCUUCUUCUGUGGACGCGCCCGCCAAAGCAGCUCGAAAAAGCGACUCUCAGCAGCCGAAGCAAAAGCGUGAGAACCAAGAUGAAGCAGAACUCCUCACUGUUCCUGAUGGUUGGAAGGAGCCAGCCUUUUCCAAAGAGGACAAUCCCAGAGGACUCUUGGAGGAAAGCAGCUUCGCAACCCUGUUCCCCAAAUACAGAGAGGCUUACCUGAAAGAGUGCUGGCCGCUGGUGCAGAAAGCCCUGCAUGAGCAUCACGUUAAAGCAACGCUGGACUUGAUAGAGGGCAGCAUGACGGUGUGUACAACCAAGAAGACCUUCGACCCUUACAUCAUCAUCAGGGCCAGGGACCUGAUAAAGCUCUUGGCGAGGAGCGUUUCCUUUGAGCAGGCAGUACGGAUACUUCAGGAUGAUGUUGCAUGUGACAUCAUUAAAAUCGGUUCUCUAGUGAGAAACAAAGAGAGAUUUGUCAAAAGAAGACAGCGGCUUAUUGGACCCAAAGGAUCUACACUGAAGGCACUGGAACUCCUAACAAACUGCUACGUUAUGGUUCAGGGCAAUACUGUCUCAGCCAUCGGACCUUUCAGCGGCCUGAAAGAGGUUCGAAAAGUCGUCCUCGACACCAUGAAGAAUAUCCACCCGAUUUAUAACAUUAAAACCUUGAUGAUUAAACGGGAGUUGGCAAAAGAUUCCGAGUUGCGAUCACAGAGUUGGGAAAGAUUUUUGCCACAGUUCAAGCACAAAAAUGUGAAUAAACGCAAGGAACCCAAGAAGAAGAGCGUCAAGAAGGAGUACACGCCGUUCCCGCCGCCACAGCCGGAGAGCCAGGUUGAUAAAGAAUUGGCUAGUGGUGAAUACUUCUUGAAGGCAAAUCAGAAGAAGCGGCAGAAAAUGGAAGCAAUAAAGGCUAAGCAAGCAGAGGCUCUUACGAAGAGGCAGGAAGAACGAAACAAAGCCUUUGUUCCACCUAAAGAGAAGCCAGCUGUGAAGCCAAAGCAAGCUUCUAUUGAAACUAAGAUUGAUGUAGCUGCUAUCAAGGAAAAGGCUAAGAAAGCAAAGACCAAGAAACUGGGCGCUCUUACAGCGGAGGAAGUGAAGCUUAAGAUGGAGGCUGACGAAAAGAAACAGAAGAGAAAAAAGUAACACUGGAAAAAAAAAUUUAAAAUCCCGAACUGAACUUUCAAGGUAUUUCCUUUUGUAAAGGAUUUUGAGAUACGAAGGCUUUAGCUGCCUCACCUGGAGUCGUCAAACUCAGUCAUGAGCAGGUUUUCUUCUGUUCAUGGAUGUGCCCUUUGUAAAGACGUUCUGCAUAUAUAUUCUAAAGUUUGUGUGGGACGGUGGUAGAUACGUUAGUGCACAUUGUACCCAACCAGUUCCAGCUAGGUUUUGCCCACUUGUUUUAGGAAUACCAUUUUUUGUUUUAAUUAUAUCGCUCUUUGGAACAGACUGUUGUUCAUCAAGUCCAGUGUUUGUGGCCACUGGGUAGUCUUUAAAUACACAUUUUUCAGUGCUUUCUUUCUCUUUUGCUAAUGGCAAUAUUCUGGCUUACUUCUUUUGUAAUUUUA